AGUGCCUGUUCCUAAGCUAUAUAAAUAACUGACGAUUAAUCAGUUGUCACAAUGCUAAGUUGAGUAUUUUAAAAGAUUAUUUAUUUUGAAUGAUUAGUAUAAAUUUUAUUCUACGGAUUGCUAAGUUAAAGUUAUGUUAUACCAAUAAAACCAGCGGUCUGUUGAUUUAUUCUCGUUUUCUUCUCUUUGGCUCUUCUUCACGCAUGGCUGUUGCAUCGUUUGCCAGUGUGGUAGAGUUUUUAAUUAAAAACGAAACCGGUUACCGCUUAAUAAUCCAAACAUAAUGCUACAAUAUUAUCUUCUAAAUUCAUAAAUAAAAAGCUAGAUAAUUCAUUAAGUAUAACUUUUAGUUUUAAUUAAAUAAUAACUUCCAAUACAGAUUUUACGUCUGAAUUACAUUUGAGAGUCAACAAUUAAUAAAACUGUUCAGUGUAGUGUCUAAAUAGCGUGUUCGUCGACCUUAGUAAUUACAAAUACAACUCUGGGACGCGUUAUUCUUGGUAUUAUGUUAAAAGACGAAUUUCACAUCAAAGGAAAUGACGAAAGUGAAGAUUUUCUAAGUCUGAGGAUUUGUGUGAGUUUCGUUUUGCGGUCAUCAGCGUUUUUUUAGUAGAAAAAAUCGCUAAUAUUUUGUUAAAUUUUAUAAAUUGUGAGUGUGAAAGAGCGUAGUGAGUUCACUUGAGGAUUUGAAUGAAAGAUUACGAGUGAAGUUUCGCCAUUUAUAAUAAAGAUAUAUCGUCCAUUAGUUUUCUUUAACUCUUUCGCAUUUUUAAUUAAAUUCGAGGCGAGCACUAUAACGACGGCUGCUGAUAUUUGAUUCAUCUGUGAAAUAACAUAUAUAAACAUAAAAUACCUAAAUAUACAAAAUCCCUGAAUUCUCGUCUUCAACAAAAUUAAUCCUAACAUCAACGAUAGACGCAGACGAGAGCGCUGCUUUUAUUAUAAGGCAAUGGCGAUGCUUUCGACGGAGGAAGCCAGCAAAUUGUUGGAUUUUUCUCAGAAGCUUGACAUUAGCUUAUUAGACAAGAUUGUAGAAUGCUUGUAUACGUCACAGGGGGAGCAGUUACGCCUUGCACAAGAUAUUCUUACAACAUUGCGUGAGCAUCCAGAUGCAUGGACGCGAGUAGACAGCAUAUUAGAAUUCUCUCAAAAUCAGAGAACCAAAUUUUAUGCACUGCAAAUACUGGAAGAAGUAAUUAAAACUCGUUGGAAAAUUUUACCCCGCAACCAGUGUGAGGGAAUCAAGAAAUAUGUUGUUGGACUUAUUAUUAAAACAUCCUCAGAUCCUGAAACAAUGGAGGCAAAUAAAGUAUACUUAAACAAGUUGAAUUUAAUAUUGGUACAGAUAUUGAAACGUGAAUGGCCUCGGAACUGGGAGACAUUCAUAAGUGACAUUGUAGGAGCUUCGAAGACAAACGAAAGCCUUUGCAAGAAUAAUAUGGUUAUUUUAAAAAACCUUAGUGAAGAGGUUUUUGACUUUUCAGCUGGGCAAAUAACUCAAAUGAAGGCUAAACAUCUGAAAGAUACCAUGUGCUCAGAAUUUUCGCAAAUAUUUCAGCUUUGUUCUUUUGUUUUGGAAAGUUCUAUGAAUGCACCUCUAAUACAAGUUACUUUAGAGACAUUGCUCCGAUUCCUGAGUUGGAUUCCAUUGGGCUAUAUAUUUGAGACAGCAUUAAUUGAAACACUAAUUUAUAAAUUUUUAAGUGUCCCAAUGUUUCGAAAUGUUACAUUGCAGUGCCUCUCUGAGAUUGCAGGCCUCUCUGUGCCCGAUUAUAAUGAAAAUUUUGCGAGAAUGUUUAAGGAUACGAUGGUGCAGUUAGAUCAAAUGAUCGGACAAAAUCCCAAUAUGAGUCAUAUUUACGCUAACGGCAGCAGCACUGAACAAGUUUUUGUUCAGAAUUUGGCAAUGUUCUUGUGCACAUUCCUGAAAGAACAUGGUAAACUUGUAGAGGAUGUCAAAUAUAUCGACUAUUUAAAUCAGGCUCUACUUUAUUUGGUAAUGAUAUCCGAAGUUGAGGAUGUUGAGGUUUUCAAAAUUUGUAUGGAGUACUGGAAUAAUCUGGUUGAGGAUCUUUAUAAUAGCGAAACAUUUGUGGGCGCUACAACGCAUAUUACUCAAACUGAUGCAGUAUCUUUAGCCAAACGUAAUGUGUUUCCCCGACGUCGCUUUUACGGCAAUAUCUUAUCUAAAGUUCGAUAUAUCAUGAUUUCAAGGAUGGCUAAACCUGAAGAAGUACUUGUUGUCGAAAAUGAAAAUGGCGAAGUUGUUCGAGAAUUUAUGAAAGAUACUAAUGCCAUAAAUUUAUAUAAGAAUAUGCGCGAAACGCUCGUAUUUCUUACACAUUUGGAUUAUGCUGACACAGAACGCAUAAUGACAUUAAAGCUAAUGAAUCAAGUUAAUGGUACAGAGUUCUCAUGGAAAAACCUUAACACGCUUUGCUGGGCUAUAGGAUCCAUAUCAGGUGCUUUCUGCGAAGAAGACGAAAAACGUUUCCUCGUUACAGUUAUAAAAGAUCUGCUUGGCUUGUGCGAACAAAAAAAGGGUAAAGAUAAUAAGGCUAUCAUCGCCUCUAAUAUCAUGUAUGUUGUUGGACAGUAUCCACGCUUUCUGCGUGCUCAUUGGAAAUUUCUGAAAACUGUUGUUAAUAAACUUUUCGAAUUUAUGCACGAAACACAUGAUGGCGUGCAGGAUAUGGCUUGCGAUACAUUCAUAAAAAUUGCCAUCAAAUGUAGACGCUACUUUGUGACCAUACAGCCUAAUGAGGCAUGUACCUUCAUCGAUGAAAUAUUAAGCACCAUGAGCAGCAUAAUUUGUGACUUGCAGCCUCAACAGGUGCAUACGUUCUAUGAAGCAGUUGGCUACAUGAUAUCCGCACAGGUUGAUCAAGUACAGCAGGACGCCUUAAUUGAGAAGUAUAUGUUCUUGCCAAAUCAGGUUUGGGAUGAUAUAAUCUCACGUGCCUCCAAGAAUGUUGACUUUCUCAAAAAUAUGACAGCUGUAAAGCAGCUUGGUAGCAUUUUGAAGACGAAUGUAGCCGCAUGUAAGGCUUUAGGGCAUGCCUACGUAAUUCAGUUGGGACGUAUAUAUUUGGAUAUGCUCAAUGUCUAUAAAAUAACAUCUGAAAACAUAAUUCAGGCGAUUGAGGUAAACGGUGUCGUUGUAAAUAACCAACCGCUUAUAAAAUCAAUGAAUGUUGUAAAAAAAGAGACUUUGAAUUUAAUCUCGGAAUGGGUAUCGCGUUCUAAUGACAAUCAAUUGGUUAUGGAUAACUUUAUUCCGCCACUACUCGAUGCUGUUUUGUUAGAUUACCAGCGUUGUAAGGUGCCGUCUGCCAGAGAACCAAAAGUGCUUAGCUCAAUGGCCAUAAUUGUGCACAAACUCCGCAAUCACAUCACAAACGAAGUACCAAAAAUAUUUGAUGCCGUCUUUGAGUGCACUCUAGAUAUGAUUAAUAAGAAUUUCGAAGAUUAUCCACAACACCGAACUAGCUUUUACGAGCUCCUGCAAGCCGUCAAUGCGCAUUGCUUUAAAGCAUUUCUCAAUAUUCCACCGGCACAAUUUAGGCUUGUGUUCGAUUCCGUUGUAUGGGCUUUUAAGCACACGAUGCGCAAUGUUGCUGACAUGGGUUUGAACAUCUUAUAUAAGAUGUUGCAAAAUUUGGAACAACACCCACAGGCUGCGCAAAGUUUCUAUCAAACGUAUUUCACUGAUAUUUUAAUGCAGAUAUUCUCCGUUGUCACUGAUACUUCGCACACAGCAGGACUCGCCAAUCAUGCCACAAUAUUAGCAUAUAUGUUCUCAUUGGUAGAGAAUAACAAAAUUACUGUUAGCCUUGGCCCAAUACCGGACAACACCAUUUUCAUACAAGAGUAUGUGGCCUCUUUGCUGAAAUCAGCUUUCAAUCACUUAACUGAUAACCAGAUAAAGGUCUUUGUUACUGGUCUUUUCAAUCUGGACGAAAAUGUGCAAGCAUUUAAAGAGCAUUUGCGAGAUUUCCUUAUACAAAUUAGGGAAAUAACUGGUGAGGACGAUUCCGACUUAUACUUAGAAGAGAGAGAGGCAGCACUUCGCGAGGAGCAGGCUAAUAAGCGUCUGAUGCAGCGUAAUAUACCUGGCAUGUUGAAUCCGCACGAAUUGCCGGAGGAUAUGCAGGAUGAGUAAAAACAACAAAACAAUAUCAACAUUUGAAAGAUGUUAUGAGUGAAGAGCGAAUGUUUUGAUUUACGUGAAAAAGAAACAAGUGAAAAUCCACAUAAACAAUUAUUAUUCAAAUGCAUCUUUUUAUAAUUAAUACCCGUAUGUGAAAAUUGAAUAAUUCUAAAGUUAUGUUUGAAAUGAAUAUUUGUCGUCGAAGUAUGAAUGUUUAAGAAAUCCAACAUCAUAAAUCUAUAUAAAUAUUAUUAGACUAUUUAAUAUAAUCAACAAAGCGAAUGAUUGCGUUUCUUUAUUAAAUUUAGAAAUAGUUUGUAUAUUAAAGAAAACAAAACAACAACAAAAAACACACACACACACUGAAUGAGAAACAAAUGCAAACUACAUUAAAGAAAAAGAGCAAAAUGCGUUAAUUGUUAUAUAAAUCACAAAUGAUUGUAAGCGUAUGUGAGUGAAAAUGAAUUAUACCAACAAAUAUAUUAUGCAUAUACAGGCGAAAUGGUCUUGAAAUAUGUGUUUGGUAAAUGAAAAAUAUAUAUACUAAAUAUAAAAUCAAACUUAACGAAAUAUUGUGAAAAUUAUGCGUUAUGAAACAUAUUCAUUUGCAAAGAGCGUGAUGAGAUGACAUAAAUACAAUAGUAAAAAAAUUACGAUUGCUACUAUUUUACCAUUUGAACUAAGCAAUUAUACAUAGAACGGAAUAAACCUUUGAAAUUAAUUUCACAACUAAAA